CUGUGGUCAUGGACUAUGGAGGCUUUAAGUUUGUCCGUGAACGCGGUGUCCUACACUGUGGCGGCUGAGCUGAACCCGAUCGAUGACCCGUUCACUGGACCCAUCCAGAACAUCGCGCCGUGGAACUUCACCAUUUUGGCGCUGCUCAUGUUUGUGGUCACCUCUCUUUCUCUGAGCGAAAACUUUCUCGUCAUGUUUGCCACAUACAAGUUCAAACAACUCAGACAGCCACUGAACUACAUCAUAGUGAAUUUGGCCAUAGCUGACUUUCUAGUCUCCCUCACAGGAGGACUCAUAAGUUUCCUGACUAAUGCCAGAGGGUAUUUCUUCCUGGGCCGUUGGGCUUGUGUGGUGGAGGGCUUUGCUGUGACUUUUUUCGGAAUUGUAGCCCUGUGGUCUCUGGCGGUUCUGUCCUUUGAACGAUUCUUUGUGAUCUGCCGACCUCUGGGUAACAUUCGACUGCAAGCCAAACACGCCAUCAUGGGUCUGCUCUUCGUCUGGAUUUUUUCCUUUGUUUGGACCUUCCCUCCAGUGCUAGGCUGGAACAGAUACACUGUCAGCAAGAUUGGAACUACCUGUGAGCCUGACUGGUAUUCAUCCGAUGUCACUGACCACAGCUACAUCAUCACUUUCUUCUCCACUUGUUUCAUUCUGCCUCUUGGACUUAUCUUCUUCUGCUAUGGAAAGCUCCUGAAGAAGCUCCGGAAGGUGUCCCAUGGUCGUCUGGCCACUGCCAGGAAACCUGAGCGUCAGGUGACCUGUAUGGUGGUCGUCAUGAUUAUUGCAUUCAUGGUGGCAUGGACACCAUAUGCAGUCUUUGCUAUACUAGUUACGAUUCAUCCAACUAUUGAACUGGAUGCCAGGUUGGCCUCUAUCCCUGCCUUUUUCUCCAAGACAGCUGCGGUGUACAACCCAAUCAUCUACGUAUUUAUGAACAGACAGUUCAGGAAGUGCAUCAUCCAGCUCUUCACUGGGAUUGUGGCGAUGCCGGAAAGCAACAUGAACCAGACAUCAGAGCGACCAGGAACCACCGCAGACAGUCAAACAGGAGAAAUGGCUGCCAUUGCGGCCCGUAUCCCCAUUGGUGGUACAGGAUCACCCAGGUCUGAAGAUUCUCAGACUGACUGUGGCUCCUUUGCUCAACUCCCCAUUCCAGAGAACAAAGUUUGUCCGAUCUAA